AUGGAAAAAAUUAGAGAUUCUGGUUUGUUGAAGGUAGGCUCUGAUUUAGUGAGCCAGAACAAAAACUUGUACUGGCCAACAAGCAGAGGUGUAAUCGAGACACUCAGACGAAUCAAAUCACCUGGUCCAGACUAUGCAAUGACAGCUGAAGUGCUUAAGACGGAGAAAAGCAACCCCCAACUCAUGGCCAAUUAUCGCAGUAUUGCACCUCUGCUUGUAUUGGCUGACUGCCAAACCGUUCUACAAGGUGACGGGCUUGCUUCGUACCUGUUUAUAAUAGUUAUCGAUUAUGUCUCGAAACAAUCUGCUGCGUCAAAAGCACAACUCAUCAUCGAUGCAAGCAGCAUAGCGAUUGUCGACGACUUCAAGUACCUCGGGUCAUACAUAACAUCAAGUGAGAAGGACGUGGACAAUAGAAUUGCUCUAGCAUGGAUUGCAUUAACCAAACUCAAGACCAUCCUGAGAUCAUCCAAACCCAAAAUCAAAUUCAAGACUCGACUGUUCAAUGCGGCAUGUCUGUCGGUGUGGCUUUAUGGCUGCAAAUCGAGGACUCUAACGGAAGCUAAGGAGCAUAAACUCGACAUUUUGCAAAAAAUGUUAUCAAAUCAUGCUAAAUAUCAACCAAGCCGAUGCUUACAUGGCCAACAAACAGCUAUAUAA